AUGAUCGCCGCGGCUUUCCUCGUCCUGCUGAGACCCUACAGCAUCCAAUGUGCCCUCUUCCUCUUGUUGCUUCUGCUAGGCACCAUCGCCACCAUCGUCUUCUUUUGCUGCUGGCAUCGCAAGCUCCAGAAAGGGAGGCAUCCGAUGAAAUCGGUCUUUUCGGGUCGUCCGAGGAGCCGAGAUGCUGUUAUGAGAUCUCACCACUUUCGUUCUGAGGUAAUUUAUUUAGCGCGCACGCUCAAGGGAUUCAGAGCCAGCCCCCGGCACAUUCGAAGACGAGCGGCAGCGGCCGCAGCUGCCCGUCUGGAAGAAGCCAAGCCCGUGGUGGAGGUUCACCAUCAGAGCGAGCAAGAAAGUUCACUGAGGAAACGGAGGAUCAAGAGGAACAGCCGAGUCCAGCCAGAAUUUUAUCACUCCGUUCAAAGUGCCGCGACCAGAAGGCCUAGUUCCGGGAACGCGUCCUAUCGCUGCUCUAUGUCUUCCUCUGCGGAUUUUUCCGAUGAGGAUGAUUUCAGCCAGAAAUCUGGCUCGGCAUCUCCGGCUCCUGGAGACACCUUACCCUGGAAUUUGCCUAAACAUGAGAGAUCGAAAAGAAAGAUUCACGGGGGCUCGGUGCUGGACCCCGCUGAGCGGGCAGUGCUUAGGAUAGCAGAUGAACGGGACAAAGUUCAAAAGAAAACGUUUACAAAGUGGAUAAAUCAGCAUCUCAUGAAGGUUCGAAAACAUGUGAAUGAUCUCUAUGAAGACUUAAGGGAUGGACACAACUUGAUCUCUCUCUUAGAGGUUCUUUCGGGAGACACCUUGCCAAGGGAGCGAGAUUUUUUGAAGACCUUACGAUUGGUGAGUGCAACAGAAGCAUGCGAAUAUGAACAGCAUGAGGAUGUGGAGGAUGAGGAUAAGGGGCCCAGAGAAAAAGGUCGGAUGCGUUUUCACAGACUGCAGAAUGUACAAAUUGCACUUGACUAUUUGAAAAGACGCCAGGUGAAAUUAGUGAAUAUUAGAAAUGAUGACAUAACAGAUGGAAAUCCCAAAUUGACAUUGGGAUUAAUAUGGACAAUAAUUUUGCACUUUCAGAUAUCUGAUAUCCAUGUCACUGGAGAGUCAGAGGAUAUGUCUGCGAAGGAGAGGUUGCUCCUGUGGACACAGCAGGCGACAGAGGGUUAUGCUGGAAUACGGUGCGAAAAUUUCACUACCUGCUGGAGAGAUGGGAAACUGUUUAAUGCCAUCAUUCAUAAAUACAGGCCGGACCUGAUAGACAUGAAUACUGUUGCUGUUCAAAGCAACCUUGCAAAUUUAGAGCACGCUUUUUAUGUAGCUGAAAAAAUUGGUGUUAUCAGACUUCUGGAUCCUGAAGAUGUUGAUGUUUCCUCUCCUGAUGAAAAGUCAGUAAUAACAUACGUGUCAUCUCUCUAUGAUGCAUUUCCCAAAGUCCCCGAGGGUGGUGAAGGCAUUGGUGCAAAUGAUGUCGAAGUCAAAUGGAUUGAAUACCAGAAUAUGGUGAACUACCUCAUUCAGUGGAUUCGGCACCACGUGACCACAAUGUCUGAGCGAACGUUCCCUAAUAAUCCCGUGGAACUGAAGGCACUUUACAAUCAAUAUUUACAGUUUAAAGAAACAGAAAUUCCCCCAAAGGAGACAGAAAAAUCGAAAAUUAAACGCCUAUAUAAAUUAUUGGAGAUGUGGAUAGAAUUUGGACGCAUCAAACUUCUUCAAGGUUAUCACCCAAAUGACAUCGAAAAGGAGUGGGGGAAGCUCAUCAUCGCCAUGCUGGAGAGGGAGAAGGCACUUCGUCCAGAAGUGGAGAGGUUGGAAAUGUUGCAGCAGAUUGCCCACCGAGUUCAAAGGGACAGUGUCAUCUGUGAAGACAAACUGAUACUUGCUCGAAAUGCUCUGCAGUCUGAUUCUAAAAGAUUAGAAUCAGGGGUGCAGUUUCAGAAUGAAGCAGAAAUUGCCGGGUACAUACUGGAAUGUGAGAACCUUCUACGACAGCAUGUAAUCGAUGUACAGAUACUUAUUGAUGGGAAAUAUUACCAUGCAGAUCAGUUGGUACAGAGGGUUGCAAAACUGCGUGAUGAAAUUAUGGCCUUAAGGAAUGAAUGUUCCUCAGUGUACAGCAAAGGACGCAUGCUCACGACAGAACAGACGAAGCUCAUGAUAUCAGGAAUUACUCAAAGUUUAAACUCAGGAUUUGCACAGACCUUAAACCCCAGUCUGAACUCAGGGCUGACCCAGAGUUUAACGCCUUCCUUGACCCCGUCUAGUAUGAAAUCAGGCCUGUCAUCAGGUCUGACUUCCCGCCUGACUCCUUCCCUCACUCCAGUUUACGCACCUGGUUUCUCAACAGGAUUAGUUCCAAAUUUUAAUUCAGGAGUAGAUACAAAUUCAUUGCAAACCCUGAAGUUGAUGCAGAUCCGAAAACCCCUUCUAAAGUCUUCUUUAUUGGGUCAGAAUUUAACAGAAGAGGAAAUCAACAUGAAAUUUGUUCAGGAUCUUUUGAAUUGGGUUGAUGAGAUGCAGGGGCAGCUGGACUGCACCGAAUGGGGAUCAGAUUUGCCAAGUGUUGAAAGCCAUUUAGAAAAUCAUAAAAAUGUUCACCGAGUUAUUGAAGAAUUUGAAUCUAGCCUUAAAGAAGCUAAGAUCAGUGAGAUCCAAAUGACGGCACCUCUUAAACUAACUUACGCAGAAAAGUUGCACAGAUUAGAGAGUCAGUAUGCAAAACUCUUGAAUACCUCCAGGAAUCAGGAACGGCACCUUGAUACACUUCAUAAUUUUAUAACUCGUGCAACAAAUGAACUUAUUUGGUUGAAUGAAAAAGAAGAGGAGGAAGUUGCAUAUGACUGGAGUGAAAGAAAUACCCACAUAGCUCGGAAAAAAGAUUACCAUGCUGAAUUAAUGAGAGAACUGGAGCAAAAGGAAGAAAAUAUUAGGUCAGUUCAGGAGAUAGCAGAGCAGCUACUUCUGGAAAAUCACCCAGCCCGAUUAACUAUUGAGGCCUACCGAGCGGCAAUGCAGACGCAGUGGAGCUGGAUCUUACAGCUGUGCCAGUGUGUGGAGCAGCACUUGAAGGAGAACGCCACCUACUUCGAGUUUUUCAAUGAUGCCAAAGAAGCCACCGAUUACUUAAGGAACCUGAAAGAUGCCAUUCAGCGGAAGUACAGCUGCGAUAGAUCGAGCAGCAUUCACAAGCUGGAGGACCUUGUUCAGGAGUCAAUGGAAGAGAAAGAAGAACUUCUGCAGUAUAAAAGCACAGUGGCAAGCCUGAUGGGGAGAGCUAAAACAAUAAUUCAGCUGAAGCCAAGGAAUCCUGACUGUCCACUCAAAACGUCUAUCCCAAUCAAAGCCAUCUGUGACUACAGACAAAUCGAGAUAACCAUUUACAAAGACGAUGAAUGUGUUCUGGCGAACAACUCUCAUCGUGCCAAAUGGAAGGUCAUUAGCCCCACUGGGAAUGAGGCGAUGGUCCCAUCCGUGUGCUUCACUGUCCCUCCACCAAACAAAGAAGCAGUUGACUUUGCGAACAGAAUUGAACAACAGUACCAGAAUGUCCUAACUCUUUGGCAUGAGACUCACAUAAACAUGAAGAGUGUAGUAUCCUGGCAUUAUCUCAUCAAUGAAAUUGAUAAAAUUCGAGCUAGCAAUGUGGCUUCAAUAAAGACAAUGUUACCUGGCGAGCAUCAGCAAGUUCUGAGUAACCUACAGUCUCGUUUUGAAGAUUUUCUGGAAGAUAGCCAGGAAUCCCAAAUAUUUUCGGGCUCAGAUAUAACACAACUGGAAAAAGAGGUUAAUGUGUGUAAGCAGUAUUAUCAAGAACUUCUCAAAUCUGCAGAAAGAGAGGAGCAAGAGGAAUCCGUUUAUAAUCUCUACAUCUCUGAAGUGAGAAACAUUCGGCUUCGGUUAGAGAACUGCGAGGAUCGGUUGAUUAGACAGAUCCGAACUCCACUGGAAAGAGACGAUUUGCAUGAAAGUGUGUUCAGAAUCACAGAGCAGGAGAAACUAAAGAAGGAGCUGGAGCGUCUUAAAGAUGAUUUGGGAACAAUCACCAAUAAAUGCGAAGACUUUUUCAGUCAAGCAGCAGCCUCUCCAUCAGUCCCUACCUUACGAUCUGAGCUCAGUGUGGUCCUUCAGAACAUGAACCAAGUCUAUUCCAUGUCUACCACUUACAUAGACAAGUUGAAAACAGUUAAUUUGGUGUUGAAACACACUCAAGCUGCAGAAUCCCUUGUAAAACUCUAUGAAACCAAACUGUGUGAAGAAGAAGCAGUGACUGCAGACAAGAAUAAUAUCGAGAAUCUAAUAAGUACUUUAAAGCAAUGGAGAGCUGAAGUUGAUGAAAAGAGAGAGGUAUUCCAUGCAUUGGAGGACGAGCUGCAGAAGGCUAAAGCCAUCAGUGAUGAAAUGUUUAAGACACACAAAGAACGGGACCUUGAUUUUGACUGGCACAAAGAAAAAGCAGACCAAUUAUUCGAAAGAUGGCAAAAUGUUCAUGUUCAGAUUGACAACAGGUUACGGGACUUAGAAGGCAUUGGCAAAUCGCUGAAGUACUACAGAGAUACCUAUCACCCUUUAGAUGACUGGGUCCAACAAGUUGAACUUACGCAGAGAAAGAUUCAGGAAAAUCAGCUUGCAAAUAGUAAAACCCUAGCCACACAGUUAAAUCAACAGAAGAUGCUGGUGUCAGAAAUAGAAAUGAAACAGAGCAAAAUGGAUGAGUGUCAAAAAUAUGCCGAACAGUACUCCACCACAGUGAAGGACUACGAAUUACAAACUAUGACCUACCGGGCUAUGGUAGAUUCACAACAAAAAUCUCCAGUGAAACGCCGGAGAAUGCAGAGCUCCGCAGAUCUCAUCAUUCAAGAGUUCAUGGACCUACGGACACGAUACACUGCUCUGGUCACCCUCAUGACACAAUAUAUUAAAUUUGCUGGUGAUUCACUGAAGAGGUUGGAAGAAGAAGAGAAGUCACUGGAAGAAGAAAAAAAAGAGCAUGUUGAAAAAGCCAAAGAAUUACAGAAAUGGGUAUCAAAUAUCAGCAAGACACUGAGAGAUGGAGAGAAGGCUGGAAAAUCUCCCUUCUCUAAGCAAAAGAUUUCCAGUGAAGAACUAUUAACCAAGAAGGAACAAUUAUCUGAGGCACUUCAAACCAUGCAGCUAUUUUUGGCUAAACAUGGAGACAAAAUGACAGAUGAAGAAAGGAAUGAAUUGGAAAAACAAGUGAAAACUCUUCAAGAAAGUUAUAAUUUAUUGUUUAGUGAAUCUCUGAAGCAACUACAAGAAUCACAAACCAUCGGAGAUGUCAAGGUAGAGGAGAAGCUGGAUAAAGUGAUUGCAGGCACCAUUGACCAGACAACUGGAGAAGUCCUUUCAGUCUUUCAGGCAGUUUUAAGAGGCCUUGUUGACUAUGACACAGGAAUAAGGUUGCUUGAGACACAGCUAAUGAUUUCUGGUCUCAUUUCACCAGAAUUAAGAAAAUGCUUUGACCUCAGAGGUGCCAAAAGCCAUGGCCUCAUUGAUGAACAAGUUCUGUGCCGACUCAAAGAACUGAAUCAAGCAAAGGAGAUUAUUUCUGCUGUGUCUCCCACCACGGUUCCAGUGCUGGAUGCUCUGGCCCGAGGAGUGCUAUCGGAGUCCGUGGCCAUCAGAGUUCUCGAGAUCCAGCUUUCCACAGGCUCUCUAGUUAUUCCGACCACAGGAGAACAGUUGACCUUACAGAAGGCUUUCCAACAGAAUGUGGUUUCCUCAGCAUUGUUUUCUAAAGUCUGGGAAAGGCAAAACAUGUGCAAAGACCUCAUUGAUCCAUGUACCUCUGAGAAGGUGUCUUUAAUAGAUAUUAUAGAGAGAAGUGUUUUACAGGAAAACACUGGGUUGCGGCUUCUACCCGUGAGGCCACAGGAAGGGGGCAGAAUAACAUUAAAAUGUGGAAGAAACAUUAGCAUUUUAAGGGCAGCUCAUGAAGGUCUCAUAGACCGCGAAACCAUGUUUAGGUUGUUAGGUGCCCAGCUUCUUUCUGGAGGUCUGAUCAAUGGCAACUCUGGUCAAAGAAUGACUGUGGAAGAGGCUGUGGCAGAAGGGGUGAUUGACAGAGAUACCGCUAGCAGUAUUCUAACCUAUCAGGUUCAAACCGGUGGGAUCAUCCACUCAAACCCUGCAAAACGUUUAACUGUAGAUGAAGCAGUCCAGUGUGAUUUGAUAACUUCGAGCAGUGCUCUUUUGGUACUCGAGGCUCAGCGAGGCUACGUUGGACUCAUUUGGCCUCACUCUGGUGAAAUAUUUCCCGCAUCUUCUUCCCUGCAGCAAAAGUUGAUCACAAACGAAUUGGCAUACAAAAUCCUGAAUGGUAGGCAGAAAAUAGCUGCUCUUUAUAUUCCAGAAACUUCUCAAGUCAUUGGUCUAGAUGUUGCUCAGCAGCUAGGAAUUAUAGAUGAUAACACAACAUCAAUUUUAAAAAAUACAAUACUCCCUGAUAAGAUGCCUGAUGUGGGAGAUUUAGAAGCCUGUAAGAAUGCCAGGAGAUGGCUCUCUUUUUGUAAAUUCCAACCAUCUACAGUCCACGACUACAGACAAGAAGAGGACAUUUUUGACAGAGAAGAACCAAUGGCAACUCAGACCUCAGAACAGACUAAAAAAUUAUUCCUGUCUUAUUUGAUGAUAAAUAGUUAUAUGGAUGCAAACACAGGGCAGAGGCUUUUGCUGUAUGAUGGAGACUUGAACGAGGCUGUUGCUAUGCUUCUAGAAGGUUGCAGUGCAGAAUUCGAUGGGGACACACCCACAAAAGAAUGUAUUGAUGUCUUAAGACUCCCUGGUAUAUUUCUGAAUAAUGCCCCAAGUAAAGAAAAGGAUGAAAGUAUACCUUCACCAAGCAGUUUUAAUAAAUGUUAUGGCAGAGAACCUAAACAUCAAGAGGUCUCUGAAAAUAGAAAGCAUGCCUUAGAUGAGGAGUUUAACGAAAUGGGAAAUAAUGAUUUCAGUGAAUUUUAUCAGUCAGAAAACCUGGUGAAUAUAAUAGUUACAGAUCAUAAAGUAAAGAAUUCAUCCAGUGUGAAUGUUCCCAACUCUAUAUCCUGUUUCACACAGCCUGGACUUGCAGACUCUGAAAAUAUACCUAAAAACUGUGAAAAUCAAAGUCAAGUUGAAACAAAUGGACAUGUAGAUGAAUGUAGUCACUCUAAAAACAUUCAAAACCUUGAAAGUGAUUUGAUAACAAAUUCUAAUGUGAAAUCAAAAACUAGCAGACUCUGGGACUUGAAAGAAACAGAGAUUGAAGAUAAUAUAAGUAAGGAUUCAGCUACCUUUGACUAUUCCCCCAGGCUGAGUGCCUUGUUAAGUCACAAUAAACUGAGGAAUGAUCAGGGAAGUUCUAAUGCUUUACACACCACAGAGAACAGUGAAAAUAAAUGUGAAGCCUCUACAGUGCCAUCCAAUGAGCAAACCACGUCAUUGGGUCCAAGAAUGGGAGAACAACUUCAAGACCAGUUUCUAGGAAUUGCAGCUAUUAACGUCACUUUGAAGGGAGAACACUGUGGACAAAAAUCUAUAAAUAUUGGUUGUAGUGAUCCUCAGGUACGAUAUCACAAUGAUAAAUAUGUUUCAGAUACUUGUGGGGAAGAUGAAAAUAUACAUGCUGCUUCUCAACAGAAACCUGAAGACACACAAAAUGAGUCCACAAUAGAAGAACACUCCUGUGCCGUAACACCAGUGGGCAAUACUGAUAACGCCAGCGCCUCUCAUGUUUGUGGCUCACCAUUGUUUGAAGGAACUGUCAGUGCUGGUGACUAUGAAACGUCACUACUGGAUGGUCAGCAGAGGGACACAGAAACAGACACUGAGAGCGAUGAUGAUUUUUAUGAUACUCCCUUAUUUGAAGAUGAUGACCAUGAUUCUCUGCUUCUUGAAAGUGAUGAUUGUGAUUGUCUGCAACCCGAGGACUACACCACACUGCAAGAAGAAAAUGAUGGGGCUGCUUGUCCUGGCAAUGUUUUUUAUGAUGUUCCCAAAGAGGAUGAAAAUUCUAUGUUGACUCAGGGGGGACUCGCUGAUAGCUUAAGGGUGAGGGGGCAAGCACAGUCUUUCCUGGAUUGUCUCAUAGGUACAGAGAAAGCUGAGUUAGAUUCUGAUGAAAGAAUACGUUUAAAUUCAGUUGUCUCAUCCAAGGUCAAUGAACAGUUGCUGGAAACCAUAUCAGGAAGGGAAAGUGCAGAUAACCUAGAAGGAGAUGAGUCCGACUUUUUGGCUGAUGAUGAAAUAGUAGGAAGGAAAGAGAGCUUCAGUGCUUCAUUAAGAUUUGAUGACAUUGGCUUUUGGAGAACGAGAAAAGAAGAAGAGUAUGUAACUACACAAGAAUUUAAAUCUGAUACUGAUCAUUUAGAUUCUAUGCAAUGUGAAGAAAGUUGUGGGGAUUAUAUGUUUGACAGUAAUGAUCAGGAUGAUGAUGAUGAUGAUGAGGAGGAUGAGGAGGAGGAUGAAGAAAGAGAUGAGAAGGAAAGACCCAUGUGCCAAGAUGAGGCUGACAGUAUGGAUAUCCAGUUCUGUGCUACCACCAUGAAUAGAAAGGAAAACAGCCAUGAAAAUCAAAGUAUUAAUCAAAUGAUUCUCCUGGAUAAAAUGUACAAUGAGAAUUCCUUAGAAAAACAGCAAAGUUUAAAUGUUGUACAGCCAGAAUCAAGUAGUAAAAGUAGCUUAGUUACUGAAAGAGACGGCCUUCUAGAACAUACAGCUGAGGUGAUUGGAAGAAGCACAGAAAACCUGUUGAGUCCUGAGCUGGCCCUUAAGGAUGUAUCGCUGCCCAUCAUUACAGACACUGAGUCUGAACACACCUUUGGCCCUGUAGGUACUUUACAUAAUACUAAUAUCAGUUCAACUUCCGAACCUGAUUUAAUAGGAAAACCUCCUGAGGAAAGCCAUUUGUCAUCUAUGGACUCUCUAACUGAUAAAGAUCAUCAAGGAAGUGGAAGAGAUGUAACUAAAAAGAGAGAUGACAAAAACAACAUACUAAUAGAAGAUGAAACAUCAGUUCCUAAAAUGUGCUCAGGUAAAGGAGAAAGGUUUAUGGAAGGUCUAGUAGAAGAUAAUAAACAUCUCAAACUUUUGCCUAGUCAGAGUACAAGGGAGAGCCUUGAUUUAGUUAGUAGUGAGGUUCCAUUUGCACAAAUCACAAACGAUGAAGAGCAUAAUCAUAAAGGAAGCCUUAAAAAAGCAGCUAUCACUCUUAAUGAUGAACCAAAGAAUCUACAAACAGUUGUCAGUAAAAGUCCUGUUCCAUUUGGGAACCUUGGAGAAAUAUUUGAUUCAUCUGUUUCCAAAGCGAUCAGUGACACUACUUCAGAGAGGUUGUCUGAAGGGACUACAGGGACUGAGAAAGAAUCAUUCACUGAUGAACCUGAGAAAGAGCUUGAUCUGUUUACUUAUCUAAAACAUUGUGCAAAAAAUGUAAAAGCAAAAGAGGCACAGAAGCCAAAUGAAGAUAUCCCAAGCUGUACUCUAAUAGCUUCCCCUCCCAUAAAAGAACACUUAGAAUUAGGAGUUGAUAAUGCAAAAGAGAAGGCAACCCUUACUCAAGAAGACUCAUCUCUAAAUGAGAUGGUUCAACAGAAUAAUCUUUGUACUAAAGAAGGAGAAAAGGAAAUUCCUCAGUUCACACCAGAAAGAAAUGAAAGCACACGUACGCUCUUCCCUCUUAGAAAUGUGGAAGGCUCUGGAAUAAGAAAUGAUAACUCCACUAACACUUUAAGCACUGACUGCUCAUUCUUAGAAAUGAACAAUGAGAAAGAAACAAUUGAGCAACAGCCACAAAAAGAACAAGCCUUGUCUCCAGGAUUCCAAGGAAAAGAGGUUCGGAUUCCUGAAUUAUCUCAAAUAUUUGUUGAGGAUGUGAAGGACAUCUUAAAAAGUAGAUUGAAAGAAGGUCACAUGAAUUCUCAAGAGGUUGGGGAAACUUCAGCCUGUGUAGACACUAAAAUUUUAAUUCAAAACUUAAUUAAAAGGGUUAGCACCUCACAGUUCGUAAAUGAUGUGUCUAGUGAGCCCAGUGACGACUCUAAGAUCAGUGACUGUACUGGACUCUCCCCCAUGAAUAACUCACCAGAACUAAGAGCAGAGAGCAGAGAUGAUCCAUUCUGUACUGCAAACCUUCAGUCUGAGCUUCUCCUCGAUAUACUUAAGCAAAAUCAACACAGCCAAAAAAUUACCGGAGCAUUUGAAUUGAUAAAAGAAUUAACUCAGAUGGAGUACGAUCUAGAGAAAAGAGGGAUUGCAUCUAAAGUAGUUCCACUGCACCUUGAAAAUAUUUUCUAUAAGCUGCUUGCAGAUGGCUAUUUGGACAAAACAGAACAGGUUGGAAACGUGAAUCAGAAAUCAUCGACGACUUCUGAGAUGGUGGAUGAAAAGCCAUACAUUCUUGAUGAUCUUAAAAGCGAAGAACAAAACCGUGGUUCCCUUAAUUUACAAAAUAUAAAAGAAAUUGGACCAGAAAACUUGACUGCACAUGCAUCGGCCUUGCCAAGAGAUGGGAAGCUGGAGGCACAAUGCAGUGAUUUCCCAGACCAUUUGGAAUGCAUUUCAGGGUCAAAAGCAGUGCCUUCUGGAGAUGGCUCAAUGGAACAAUUUUCCAAUGAGCUACAGCAGUGUUUACAGCACACGUCAAAAAUGCACGAGUAUUUGGCCUUGCUUGAAGAUAUGAAGCCUCCUUUAGACAACCGGGAGUCUCUGGAUAACAGUCUAGAAUCUCUGAAGAACCAGCUUAAACAUUUAGAGACAUUUGAAUUGGGAUUGGCUCCGAUUGCUGUCAUUUUAAGAAAAGACAUGCAGCUGGCAGAAGAGUUCUUAAAGUCUCUUCCCAGUGACUUCCCCAGAGACCACCUUGAGGACUUGAGAAUGAGCUAUGGACGUUUACAGAAUGCCUUCUCUUCCCUCAGCGACGCGUCUUCAGAAAGAAUGCAACACCUCGUGCUUGCGAUCGACUGUGAAAUGUCGAAACUAGCAGUUUCCCAUGAAGAGUUUCUGCGCAAACUGGAGGCGUUCUCGCACUGGGUAUCGGAGAAGAGCAAGGCUGUGAAGGACGUGGAGACUGGGCAUGCUCAAGGCACCGAACAUGUGAAGGAAAGUUUGGAGUUUCUCAAGAGCGUGUUGAAAGACCUUGGGCACACCAAGACGCAGCUGGAGACCACCGCCUUCGAUGUGCAGUUCUUCAUUUCUGAACACGCACAGGAUCUGUCUCCCGGCCAGAGCAGACAGCUGCUGAGGCUCUUAAACACGACUCAGAGGUGUUUUCUUGAUGUGCAGGCAUCAGUCGCUACCCAGGUGGAACACUUAGAGACUCAGUUACAGCUAGAACAGGAUCUUGAUGAUCAGAAGGUUGUGGCAGAGCGUCAGCAGGAGUACAAAGAGAAACUUCAAGGGAUAUGUGAUCUCCUUACCCAAACUGAAAACCGCCUGAUUGGGCACCAGGAAGCCUUCGUGAUUGGAGACGGCACAGUUGAGUUAAAGAAGUACCAGUCCAAGCAAGAGGAAUUACAGAAAGACAUGCAAGGAAGUGCGGAGGCGUUGGCGGAAAUAGUGAAAAACACAGAGAACUUCUUAAAGGAGAAUGGCGAAAGGCUGUCUCGGGAGGAGAAGGCUUUGAUCGAAGGGAAACUUCAGGAAGCAAAGAUCAAGUGUGAACAACUUACCUCAAAGGCAGAACAGUCGAAGAAGGAGCUGGAGAAAGCAGUGACGACCGCAAUCCAGGAAGAGACUGAAAAGGUUGCAGCUGUGAAGCAGCUGGAAGAGAGCAAAUCCAAAAUAGAAAGCCUUUUGGACUGGUUGUCAGAUGUUGACCAAGACUCGGAAAGGGCGGGGAUAAGCCAGGAACAGGUGAUUGAACAGAACGGGACUCAUUUCCAGGAAGGGGACAGCAAGUCAACGAUCGGAGAAGAGGAUGAAGUUAAUGGUAACUUGCUGGAAACUGGUGUCGACGGGCUGGCCGGAACCAGCGAGGGGAAUCUGAACCAGCAGUACCAGAAAGUUAAGGCCCGACACGAGAAGAUCAUCUCCCAGCACCAAGCCGUGCUCCUGGCCACGCAGUCGGCCCAAGCCUUGCUUGAGAAGCAGGGUCACUAUCUCUCUCCCGAGGACAAAGAGAAACUGCAGAAGAACAUGAAGGAACUGAAAGUGCAUUACGAAACAGCGCUGGCCGAGUCGGAGAAGAAAAUGAAGUUAACGCGCUCUCUGCAGGAGGAGCUGGAGAAGUUCGACGCCGAUUACGGCGAGUUUGAGCACUGGCUGCAGCAGGCGGAACAGGAGCUUGAAAACCUGCAGGCUGGGGCCGACGACUUCAGUGGCUUAAUGGCCAAGUUGAAGAGGCAGAAGAGCUUCUCCGAAGAUGUUAUUUCUCACAAAGGGGACUUGAGGUACAUCACCAUUUCUGGAAACAGGGUGUUAGAAGCAGCCAAGUCCUGCAGUAAGAGAGAGAACAGCAGCAAGGCCGACCAGCAUCAUGCGGACACUCCUGCUGCUCACAGGGAAGUCCAGAGCAAAUUGGACCGUGCGACUGAUCGGUUCAGGUCUCUCUACUCUAAGUGCAGUGUCCUUGGGAAUAACCUUAAAGAUCUGGAGGAUAAAUACCAACACUAUGAAGGCGCUUCACGUGGACUUCUUUCUGAGCUCCAGGCCUGCGAGGCCGCAGCCAGCAAACACCUAUCUGAAGCCAUUGCCGUGGACCCUAAAAGUCUGCAGAGGCAACUGGAGGAGACCAAGGCUCUGCAAGGACAGAUAUCAAGCCAGCAGGUUGCUGUCGAGAAACUGAAAAAAACAGCCGAAGUGCUUUUAGAUGCCCGGGGAUCUCUGCUGCCAGCCAAGAACGACAUCCAGACAACACUGGAUGACAUUGUUGGGAGAUACGAUGAUCUGUCCAAGUCUGUUAAUGAACGAAAUGAAAAACUCCAGAUAACCCUCACCCGCUCGCUGAGUGUGCAGGACGGCCUGGAUGAAAUGCUGGACUGGAUGGCAGGUGUGGAAAGUUCUCUGAAGGAACAAGGUCAGGUGCCCUUGAACUCCUCUGCUCUUCAGGACAUCAUCAGUAAAAACAUGAUGUUGGAACAGGACAUUGCAAGUCGCCAGAGCAGUGUAAAUGCCAUGAACGAAAAAGUGAAGAAAUUUAUGGAAACAACAGACCCGUCCACCGCAUCCUCACUCCAAGCCAAAAUGAAGGACUUGUCUGCUCGGUUUGCAGAAGCAAGUCAUAAACACAAAGAGAAACUUGCCAGAAUGGAGGAGCUGAAAAGCAAGGUUGAAUUGUUCGAGAGCCUCUCCGAAAAGCUUCAAACGUUUUUGGAGACGAAAACUCAGGCUCUCACAGAGGCGGAUGUGCCAGGAAGAGAUGUUACCGAACUGUCUCAGUAUAUGGAGGAAUCCACUUCUGAAUUCUUAGAACACAAGAAAGAUCUUGAAGUUUUGCAGAAUCUCUUGAAGGAGAUAGCCAACCAUGGCUUACCAGGUGAUAAGGCCCUCGUGUUCGAAAAAACAAAUAAUUUGUCAAAGAAAUUCAAAGAAAUGGAAGAUACCAUCAAAGAAAAAAAAGAAGCUGUAUCUUCUUGUCAAGGGCAGAUGGAUGCUUUCCAAGUCCUUGUUAAAUCAUUAAAGUCAUGGAUCAAAGAAACAACAGAAAGAGUUCCCAUUGUGCAGCCUUCUUUCGGUGCAGAAGAUUUAGGAAAAUCUUUGGAAGAAACGAAGAAAUUGCAGGAAGAGUGGAGUUUAAAAACACCAGAGAUUCAGAAAGUAAACAACAGUGGGAUUUCAUUAUGUAACCUCAUAAGCGCUGUGACCACCCCCGCGAAGGCAAUAGCAGCAGUUAAAUCAGGUGGAGUAAUAUUAAAUGGUGAAGGGACAGCCACAGAUUCUCAGGAAAUUUUGGCAAAUAAAGGAUUAACAUCUAUUAAAAAAGAUAUGACUGACAUAAGCCAUGGUUAUGAAGAUCUUGGCCUCUUACUUAAGGACAAAAUAACCGAACUGAGUACUAAACUCACCAAAUUGCACAAGGCUCAGGAAGAAUCAAGUGCAAUGAUGCACUGGUUAGAGAAGAUGAACAAAACUGCAACGAAAUGGCAUCAGGCACCUACACCUACAGAUACUGAAGCUGUGAAGACCCAAGUUGAGCAAAAUAAGUCCUUUGAGGCAGAACUGAAGCAAAAUGGAAACAAAGUGCAGGAGUUGAAAGACAAGUUGACAGAACUGUUGGAGGAGAACCCAGAUACUCCUGAGGCCCCCAAAUGGAAACAGAUGUUGACAGAAAUAGACUCUAGGUGGCAAGAACUCAAUCAAUUAACAGUUGAUAGACAACAAAAACUGGAAGAAUCCUCUAAUAAUCUAACUCAAUUCCAGACUGUCGAGGCUCAGCUAAAACAGUGGCUUGUGGAAAAAGAACUGAUGGUCAGUGUUCUUGGGCCCCUGUCCAUUGACCCAAAUAUGUUGAACACACAAAGGCAGCAGGUGCAGAUUCUCCUGCAAGAAUUUGAUACUCGGAAACCUCAGUAUGAGCAGCUCACGGCAGCUGGUCAGGGCAUUCUGAGCCGACCUGGUGAACACCCAGCUUUCCACGGGAUUGUCAGAGAGCAGCUAGCAGCUGUGAUCCAGAAAUGGGACAGCCUAACAGGACAAUUAAGUGACAGAUGUGACUGGAUUGACCAAGCCAUUGUGAAAAGCACCGAGUAUCAAAGCCUGCUGAGAAGCCUUUCUGAGAAACUGAGUGACUUGGGUAAUAAACUCAGCAGCAGUGUGGCUGUGAGCGCACACCCUGAUGCCAUGAGCCAGCAGCUGGAGACAGCCCAGAACAUGAAGCAGGAAGUAGAGCAGGAAGCGAAGCAGAUAAAAGUGGCCCAGGCCCUGUGCGAGGACUUGUCCGCACUGGUUAGAGAAGAGUACCUGAAAGCAGAGCUUAGCAGGCAACUGGAAGGCAUCGUAAAAUCAUUUAAGGAUAUUGAGCAAAAAGCAGAGAAUCAUGUCCAGCAUCUCCAGUCGGCCUGUGCCAGCUCUCAUCAAUUUCAGCAAACAUCUAGAGAUUUUCAGGCUUGGCUGGAUGCAAAGAAAGAAGAGCUCAAAAAGUCUCGCCCAAUAUCAGCCAAACUUGAUGUCUUGGAGUCGUUAAUUAAAGAUCAGAAAGACUUCAGUAAAACUUUGACUACUCAGUCUAGUAUUUAUGAAAAAACCAUGGAGGAAGGUGAGAAUCUUUUAUUUAAAACACAAGGGUCUGAGAAGGCAGCCUUACAGUUACAACUUAAUGCAAUGAAAACCAACUGGGAUGGAUUUAAUAAGCAGGUGAAAGAAAGAGAAGACAAGGUAAAAGAUUCAUUGGGAAAAGCCCUCAAGUAUAAAGAGCAUGUAGAGACUCUCCGGCCAUGGAUAGAUAAAUGUCAAAAUAACCUGGAGGAGAUAAAAUUUUACCUGGAUCCUACUGAAACAGAGAAGUCUAUUGCCAAGUUAAAGUCUCUGCAGAAGGAAAUGGACCAGCACUGUGGGAUGGUAGAAUUGCUGAACAACGCAGCCAACAGCUUGCUCAGUGUCUGUGAGACGGAUAAAGAGGUUGUUACAGAUGAGAAUAAAUCACUGAACCAGAAGGUAAACAUGGUCACUGAACAACUUCACAGUAAAAAAUUCUCUCUGGAGAACAUGGCCCAGAAGUUUAAAGAAUUUCAAGAAGUGUCCAAAGAAGCUAAAAGACAGCUUCAGUGUGCAAAGGAACAGCUAGAUGUCCAUGAUUCUCUAGGACCCCAGGCUUACAGUAACAAGUACCUGACCAUGUUGCAGACUCAGCAGAAAUCACUUCAGACCUUGAAGCAACAGGUUGAUUUGGCCAAAGGACUUGCACAAGACCUUGUGGUGGAAGCCUCAGACUCAAAGGGUGCCUCUGACCUCUUACUGCAAGUAGAAACCUUAGCUCAAGAGCAUAAUGUCCUAAGUCAGCAGGUUGACGAGAAGUGUUCCUUCUUAGAAACCAAGCUUCAGGGCAUUGGGCAUUUCCAGAAUACCAUCCGAGAAAUGUUUUCUCAGUUUGCAGAGUUUGAUGAUGAACUGGAUAGCAUGACCCCCGUGGGCAGAGACGUGGAAACAUUGCAGAAGCAAAAGGAGGCUAUUACGGACUUUCUGAAGAAACUAGAAGCCCUCAUAGCUAGCAACGACAAUGCCAACAAAACCUGCAAGAUGAUGCUGGCCACGGAAGAGACCUCUCCUGAUCUCGUGGGAAUCAAAAGGGACCUGGAGGCUUUAAGCAAGCAGUGCAACAAGUUGCUGGACCGAGCACAAGCCAGAGAAGAGCAGGUUGAAAGGACAAUUGAGCGUCUUGGUGAAUUCUACAGCAAAUUGAAGGAAUUUUCUACUCUGCUUCAGAAGGCCGAAGAACUGGAAGAGUCUCAAGGCCCCGUUGCUAUGGAAACAGAGACGAUCAACCAACAGCUUAAUGUGUUCAAGGUAUUUCAAAAAGAAGAGAUUGAACCCUUGCAGGUCAAACAACAAGAUGUGAACUGGUUGGGCCAGGGCCUUAUUCAGAGUGCCGCCAGCAGCACCAGCACCCAGGGUUUGGAGCGGGACCUGGACGAUGUCAAUGCGAGGUGGAAGACUCUCAAUAAAAAGGUGGCUCAGCGAGCAGCCCAGCUGCAAGAGGCCCUGCUGCACUGUGGGAGAUUCCAGGAUGCCUUGGAGUCCCUGCUCAGCUGGAUGGUGGACACUGAGGAGCUGGUGGCCAAUCAGAAGCCACCAUCGGCUGAGUUCAAAGUGGUGAAGGCCCAGAUACAAGAGCAAAAGCUUCUCCAAAGAUUGCUGGAUGACCGCAAGUCUACUGUGGAGGUAAUCAAACGAGAAGGAGAGAAAAUUGCUGCCACAGCAGAACCUGCAGAUAAAGUGAAGAUUUUGAAACAACUUAGUCUCUUGGAUAGUAGAUGGGAGGCAUUGCUUAAUAAAGCUGAAACGAGGAACCGUCAGUUGGAAGGUAUCUCGGUGGUAGCACAGCAAUUUCAUGAAACCUUAGAGCCAUUGAAUGAGUGGCUCACAGCCAUAGAAAAGAGGCUGGCGAACUGUGAGCCCAUCGGAACCCAAGCGUCUAAACUCGAGGAGCAGAUUGCACAGCACAAAGCCUUAGAAGAUGACAUCAUCAAUCACAGUAAACAUUUACACCAGGCUAUUAGCAUUGGCCAAUCCUUAAAGGUUUUGAGCUCCAGGGAGGAUAAAGAUAUGGUGCAGAAUAAACUAGACUCCUCUCAAGUGUGGUACAUUGAGAUUCAAGAGAAAAGUCACAGCAGGUCUGAGCUCCUCCAGCAGGCCUUGUGUAAUGCUAAGAUUUUUGGGGAAGAUGAAGUUGAGCUGAUGAAUUGGCUGAAUGAAGUACAUGGCAAACUGAGCAAGCUCUCAGUCCAGGAUUACAGCACUGAGGGUCUGUGGGAGCAGCAGUCUGAACUUCGGGUUCUGCAAGAGGACAUACUACUCAGAAAACAAAAUGUAGAUCAGGCAUUACUAAAUGGUUUAGAACUACUUAAACAAACAACAGGUGAUGAAGUUUUAAUAAUUCAAGAUAAAUUGGAAGCCAUUAAAGCAAGGUACAAAGACAUUACGAAAUUGAGCGCGGAUGUAGCCAAGACUCUGGAACAGGCCCUGGAACUGGCGAGCCGGCUGCACCGCGCACACGAGGAGCUCUGCACCUGGCUGGGCAGAGUGGAGGUGGAAUUGCUUUCAUAUGAGACUCAAGUCCUGGAGGGAGAAGCCGCAAGCCAGGCGCAGGCGCGACAAAAAGAGCUGAAAAAGGAAGCCAAGAACAGCAAAGCCUUAUUGGAUUCCCUUAAUGAAGUGAGCAGUGCUUUACUGGAACUGGUCCCAUGGAGGGCGCGGGAAGGACUUGAAAAAAUGGUGGUGGAGGACAAUGAGCGCUACCGGCUAGUGAGCGACACCAUCACCCAGAAGGUGGAGGCCAUCGAUGCUGCCAUUCUGAGAUCACAGCAGUUUGACCAAGCGGCUGAUGCUGAGUUAUCCUGGAUUACUGAAACAGAAAAGAGAUUGAUGUCUCUGGGUGACAUCAGGCUUGAGCAAGACCAGACGGCUGCUCAGCUGCAGGUUCAAAAGACAUUCACCAUGGAAAUUUUGAGACACAAGGAUAUUAUUGAUGAACUUGUUGAAUCUGGACAUAAAAUCAUGACCACAUGCAGUGAAGAGGAAAAGCAAUCAAUGAAGAAAAAACUGGACCAGGUAUUGAAGAACUAUGACACCAUCUGCCAGGUAAACGCAGAGAGAUACCUACAGCUAGAACGGGCGCAAUCCCUGGUGAACCAGUUCUGGGAAACAUACGAAGAACUUUGGCCAUGGCUGACAGAAACACAAAGAAUCAUCUCUCAGCUUCCUGCCCCAGCCCUUGAGUAUGAAACUCUAAGACAGCAACAGGAAGAACAUCGGCAACUGCGAGAGUUGAUAGCUGAACACAAGCCUCAUAUAGAUAAGAUGAACAAAACUGGGCCGCAGUUAUUGGAAUUGAGCCCAGAGGAAGGCUUUUCUAUCCAAGAGAAGUAUGUGGCAGCUGACACCCUUUACAGUCAAAUUAAAGAAGAUGUCAAAAAGCGAGCUGUGGCCCUGGAUGAAGCCAUUUCUCAGUCCACUCAGUUCCAUGACAAGAUAGACCAGAUUCUUGAGAGCCUGGACCGCAUUGUGGAGCGCUUGAAGCAGCCGCCCUCCGUCUCCGCCGAGGUGGAGAAGAUCAAAGAGCAGAUCAGUGAAAACAAGAACGUGUCAGUGGACAUGGAGAAGCUGCAGCCACUGUACGAAACUCUUAAACAGAGGGGAGAGGAAAUGAUCGCUCGAUCUGGGGGCACUGAUAAAGACUUAUCUGCCAAAGCUGUUCAGGAUAAGCUUGACCAAAUGGUUUUCAUUUGGGAGAACAUACACACGCUGGUGGAAGAAAGGGAAGCCAAGCUACUGGAUGUAAUGGAAUUAGCAGAAAAGUUCUGGUGCGAUCACAUGUCCUUGGUAGUGACCACUAAAGAUACUCAAGAUUUCAUCCGGGAUCUGGAGGAUCCUGGAAUUGAUCCCUCAGUAGUAAAACAACAGCAAGAAGCAGCAGAGGCCAUCAGGGAAGAAAUAGAUGGACUACAGGAAGAACUGGAUAUUGUUAUUAACCUGGGUUCUGAACUCAUCGCCGCAUGUGGGGAACCUGAUAAACCCAUUGUCAAGAAGAGUAUAGAUGAGUUAAAUUCAGCAUGGGAUUCUCUAAACAAAGCUUGGAAAGACCGGGUGGACAGACUGGAGGAGGCGAUGCAGGCUGCUGUUCACUACCAGGAUGGACUGCAGGCGAUAUUCGACUGGGUAGAUAUUGCAGGCAGUAAAUUAGCUUCAAUGUCUCCAAUUGGAACAGAUCUUGAAACUGUAAAGCAGCAGAUUGAAGAGCUGAAGCAAUUUAAGUCAGAGGCCUAUCAACAACAGAUAGAAAUGGAAAGACUAAACCAUCAAGCAGAGCUUUUGCUGAAGAAAGUAACAGAAGAAAAUGACAAACACACUGUGCAAGACCCACUAAUGGAGCUGAAAUUGAUAUGGGAUAGUCUGGAUGAGAGAAUUAUCAACAGACAGCAUAAGCUGGAGGGUGCUCUGUUAGCCCUGGGGCAGUUCCAACAUGCCCUGGAUGAGCUCCUGGCGUGGCUGACACACACUGAGGGCUUGCUGAGUGAACAGAAACCUGUUGGAGGAGACCCUAAGGCCAUUGAGAUUGAACUUGCCAAGCAUCACGUGCUCCAAAAUGAUGUAUUAGCUCAUCAGUCCACAGUGGAAGCUGUUAAUAAAGCAGGAAAUGAUCUAAUUGAAUCAAGCGCAGGAGAAGAAGCGAGCAGCCUUCAGAACAAACUAGAGGUCUUAAAUCAACGCUGGCAAAAUGUUCUGGAAAAAACAGAACAAAGGAAGCAGCAGCUGGAUGGUGCCUUGCGCCAGGCCAAAGGGUUCCAUGGCGAAAUUGAGGAUUUGCAGCAGUGGCUGACCGACACGGAGCGCCAUCUGUUAGCAUCUAAACCCCUAGGAGGUUUACCAGAAACAGCCAGGGAGCAGCUUACUGCCCACAUGGAAAUCUGUGCUGCCUUUGAUGUUAAAGAAGAAACAUAUAAGAGUCUGAUGCAGAAAGGCCAACAGCUGCUUGCAAGAUGCCCCAAAUCUGCAGAGACAAAUAUUGACCAAGACAUAAAUAACUUGAAAGAAAAAUGGGAAUCGGUGGAAACCAAACUCAGUGAAAGGAAAACUAAACUGGAAGAAGCCCUCAACCUGGCAAUGGAAUUUCACAAUUCUCUCCAAGACUUCAUCAACUGGCUUACCCAGGCUGAACAGACCCUAAACGUAGCUUCUCGGCCAAGUCUUAUCUUGGACACAGUCUUGUUUCAAAUCGAUGAACACAAGGUCUUUGCCAAUGAAGUAAAUUCUCACCGUGAGCAGAUCAUAGAGCUGGAUAAAACUGGAACCCACCUGAAAUAUUUUAGCCAGAAACAAGACGUUGUCCUGAUUAAGAAUCUGCUUAUCAGUGUACAGAGUCGCUGGGAAAAGGUGGUUCAGCGGUUAGUAGAAAGAGGAAGAUCCUUGGAUGAUGCAAGGAAGAGGGCCAAGCAGUUCCACGAAGCGUGGAGCAAGCUGAUGGAGUGGCUGGAGGAGUCAGAAAGGUCUUUGGAUUCUGAACUGGAAAUCGCCAACGAUCCGGACAAAAUAAAAACACAACUCACCCAGCACAAGGAGUUUCAGAAAUCGCUUGGAGCCAAGCAUUCCGUGUACGACACCACCAACAGAACUGGACGUUCUCUGAAGGAGAAAACCUCCCUGGCUGAUGACAACCUGAAGCUGGAUGACAUGCUGAGUGAGCUCAGAGACAAGUGGGACACUAUUUGUGGAAAGUCUGUGGAAAGACAAAACAAAUUGGAGGAAGCUCUGUUAUUUUCCGGACAAUUCACAGAUGCCCUGCAGGCCCUCAUUGACUGGUUAUAUAGAGUGGAACCCCAGCUGGCAGAAGACCAGCCUGUCCAUGGAGACAUUGAUUUAGUGAUGAAUCUGAUAGAUAAUCACAAGGUCUUCCAAAAGGAACUGGGGAAGAGAACCAGCAGCGUGCAGGCCCUGAAGCGCUCGGCCCGGGAGCUCAUAGAAGGCAGCCGGGACGACUCCUCCUGGGUCAAGGUCCAGAUGCAGGAACUGAGCACGCGCUGGGAGACCGUGUGCGCACUCUCCAUAUCCAAGCAAACGCGCCUCGAAGCAGCUCUGCACCAGGCAGAGGAAUUUCACUCGGUGGUGCAUGCCCUGUUGGAGUGGCUGGCCGAGGCAGAGCAAACCCUUCGUUUCCAUGGCGUUCUCCCAGAGGACGAAGAUGCUCUCCGGACUCUCAUUGAUCAGCACAAAGAAUUCAUGAAGAAACUGGAAGAAAAACGAGCUGCACUCAAUAAAGCGACCAAUAUGGGGGAUGCGGUUCUGGCCAUCUGCCACCCCGACUCCAUCACCACCAUCAAGCACUGGAUCACCAUCAUCCGGGCCAGGUUUGAGGAGGUGCUCGCCUGGGCGAAGCAGCAUCAGCAGAGGUUAGCAAGUGCCUUGGCUGGGCUCAUUGCUAAACAGGAAUUGUUGGAGGCUUUGCUGACGUGGCUGCAGUGGGCUGAAACUACACUUACUGAUAAGGACAAAGAAGCUAUCCCCCAGGAGAUCGAAGAGGUGAAAGCCCUCAUUGCAGAACACCAGUCCUUCAUGGAGGAAAUGACCAGAAAACAGCCUGAUGUGGAUAAAGUUACCAAGACCUACAAGAGGAGAGCAGCCGAUCCUUCCUCAUUACAGUCCCAUAUUCCAGUCUUGGAUAAGGGACGAGCAGGAAGAAAACGCUUCCCAGCGUCAAGCUUAUAUCCCUCUGGAUCACAGACACAGAUCGAAACCAAGAAUCCCAGGGUCAACUUACUGGUGAGCAAAUGGCAGCAAGUCUGGCUGCUGGCACUGGAGAGGAGGAGGAAGCUGAACGACGCCUUGGACAGACUAGAGGAGCUGAGGGAAUUUGCUAACUUUGAUUUUGAUAUCUGGCGCAAAAAAUACAUGCGAUGGAUGAAUCACAAGAAAUCUCGGGUGAUGGACUUCUUUAGGAGAAUUGAUAAAGACCAGGAUGGGAAAAUAACCCGACAAGAAUUUAUUGAUGGCAUUCUUUCCUCAAAGUUCCCAACCAGUCGCCUGGAGAUGAGCGCAGUUGCAGACAUCUUUGACAGAGACGGCGAUGGGUACAUUGACUACUAUGAAUUUGUAGCCGCCCUACACCCAAAUAAAGAUGCAUAUAAACCUGUCACUGAUGCGGACAAAAUAGAAGAUGAGGUGACGAGGCAGGUAGCUAAGUGUAAAUGUGCAAAACGAUUUCAAGUUGAACAGAUUGGCGAUAACAAAUACAGGUUCUUCCUGGGAAAUCAGUUUGGAGACUCCCAGCAACUGCGACUGGUCCGGAUCCUGAGAAGUACCGUGAUGGUCCGUGUUGGAGGUGGAUGGAUGGCACUUGACGAGUUCUUAGUGAAAAACGAUCCUUGCAGGGCCAAAGGAAGGACGAACAUGGAACUUCGGGAGAAGUUCAUUCUGGCCGACGGGGCCAGUCAGGGCAUGGCUGCUUUCCGACCCCGGGGCCGAAGGUCGCGGCCCUCAUCGCGAGGAGCUUCGCCCAACCGAUCGACUUCUGUGUCCAGUCAGGCUGGCCAGGUGGCCUCCCCGCAGGUCCCCGCCACCAGCACACCCAAGAUCCUCCAUCCUUUAACACGCAAUUAUGGUAAACCAUGGUUGACAAACAGCAAAAUGUCAACUCCUUGUAAACCAGCAGAGUGCUCAGACUUUUCCGUGCCAUCUGCAGAGGGGACGCCAAUACAAGGAAGCAAGCUUCGACUUCCGGGAUACUUGUCAGGGAAAGGCUUCCACUCUGGGGACGACGGUGGCUUGAUCACAACGGCAGCCUCCCGAGUCCGAACACAGUUUGCUGAUGCCAAGAAGACUCCCAGCCGACCAGGAAGCCGAGCCGGGAGCAAGGCCGGGAGCCGGGCCAGCAGCCGACGAGGCAGUGAUGCAUCAGACUUUGACAUUUCAGAAAUCCAAUCUUUGUGCUCAGAUGUGGAGACUGCCCCCCAGACACACAGACCUUCGCCCCGAGCAGGUUCUCGGCCAUCCACAGCCAAGCCUUCCAAAAUCCCCACGCCCCAGAGGAAGUCACCUGCCAGCAAAUUGGACAAAUCCUCGAAGAGAUAGUGCAGUUGGUUCCACCAAGGCCCUUCCUUGAGCAUUUAUUAUUUAAGUUUGAACGAUGUAAAAUAUGAUGUAGAAAUUAUUGUGAAAUAUUGCAAGAGGUGAGUUUAAAAUUCUGCAGAUGGCCUUAUUUGUGUAUUUGUCUUUUUAUUUUAUCUGUAUAAUUUUUUUGUCAGAUAUUCUGGGGCUAAAGUCACAUUAUAUGUGAGGGGAAGAUAGAGUUUAACAUGCACUAACAUUUCUGCACUGUAAAGUCUGGAGCACACACUACAGUCAGUUCCCGUACCUGCAGGUAAGUCCGCGCCUUCUGAAGCCACAGCCCUCCAUCCGUAGCUAACGUUAAGGAUACCUCAUGACUUUUUCUUGCUUUUGUGGAAACUCUGAAAUGAGGAAAGACACACACAAGGGAUGUAUUUCGCGAUGAUUUAAAUGUAAACUCAAAGCCGGAGGCAGAAAGACAGACACCUCCACACACGGUUCUUGAAGCUGUGUCUGACAGAGAACUCCCAGGGUUACUGUGCGCACUCGCCAGUGCCCUGACCCUUACCCCAUUGCCGUGCCAUUGCUCACCCGAGGCCAGAGGUGUCCUGGAUAUCGCACCCACUACACUGUAAGGAUGUCAUUAUAAAGUGCAUUCAUGUAAACGUGAGGUUUUCUUUUGCUUGAGUGGACAGUAGCACCUGUACCAUUGAACUCAUUUUGCAUUAAAGCAAUCUUGCUUGCAGACAGCUAUGAAAUAAAACAUGUCCCUUAACUCCAUUGCUAUGGAAUUAAUUUUUUCCCCCAGGGUAAAAAUCGGUGUAUUUUUUUAUGAGCAAUAUCAAUUUGGAGUGACCAAAAGAUACUUAAAAAUGGGUUUAUUUUGAUUUCUCAUCUGAAAUAAUCAUGUUCUGGUAUUAUAUCUAUAUUUAAUAAAUAUAUACAUUUUAACUUAUUAUGUAUACUCACUAUAGAAAGAUAUUAGUAUGCAUUUAAUAAAACAUAUUCACUUGAA